AUGCCGUUCUUUCUUUUCUUUUUGAUAAUCUAUUUCUUCUUCUUCUUCUUUUUUCUCUUCUCUCCAAUCGUCGCAGACGAUGGUGCAGUCAUGAAAAAACUCGCCACAUCUCUCUAUUCAACCCCUUCAGACUGGAAAAGCAAUGAUUUCUGUUCAUGGACGGGCAUUAGGUGUGACAAAUCCAAGAGGGUCACCUCCAUUAGCCUAGCUUCCAAAAGUCUCUCAGGUACCCUUCCCUCAAAUCUCAAUGAGCUCUCCCAGCUUCAAACCCUCUCUCUCCAGAAUAACCAAAUCUCUGGCGCAUUACCCACCCUUGCAAAUCUCACCAAUCUCGAAGAGGUUUACUUAGACAACAAUAACUUUACAUCGAUUCCUCAGACAUUUUUUACUGGGCUAACCAGUUUGCAGAACAUGAGCCUCAGCCAGAAUGGCAACUUGGAACCCUGGAACAUCCCCACAGAUCUGGCGGAUUCUUCGAGUUUGGUCCUUUUUUAUGCGAGCAAGGUUAAUGCUGUGGGUUCCCUUCCGGAUGUUUUUGGUUCGUUUCCGAAUUUGCAAUCCCUGCGGCUUUCCUACAACAAUUUCACGGGUCCUUUACCCAAAACCCUUUCAGGAAGUGGGAUUCAGAACCUUUGGAUUAACAAUCAGCUUCUGGGUUUGUCUGGAACUAUUGAUGUUUUAGGAACAAUGACGCAGCUCACUCAGGCAUGGCUCCAUGAGAAUGCAUUUACGGGUCCGAUUCCAGAUCUUUCGAAUUGCACCUCUUUGUUUGAUCUUGAGCUUCGUGGCAAUCAAUUCACUGGGAUAAUACCCUCUUCGUUAACAUCGCUGCCUCAAUUGGUCAAUAUAUCUUUGGAUAAUAAUAAGUUCCAAGGUCCUUUCCCUGCUUUUGGAAAUGGAGUUAAAGUUAGUCUUGGCACAACCAACAAUUUCUGCAAACCAAAGUCAAGUCCUUGUUCACCUCAGGUGACGGCAUUGCUUGCUGUUGCCAAAGACAUUGGCUACCCUAUGAACUUAGCGACUUCUUGGAUAGGGAAUGACCCAUGCCAAGGUUGGACUUUUAUUACCUGUGAUGCACAGCAGAAGAAUGUAAUGGUAGUUAACUUUGCAAAACAGAAAUUCACGGGAUCGAUAUCACCUGCUUUUGCUAACCUUACAUCAUUGAAGAAUUUGUUGUUGAACGACAAUAAUCUCAGCGGCUCGAUACCGGUUGUCUUGACCAACUUGACUCAGCUCCGAGUCCUUGAUGUUUCCAACAACAACCUUUCUGGACCAGUUCCAGUAUUUCCUCAUGGUGUAAUGCUGAAAUUGGCAGGUAACAACUCUUCUAUUGCACAUGGUUUGGUUGCUGGUAUAGUGGCUGGUGCUGUGAUUUUAAUGGCUGUGGUAAUUUUUGUCAUCUGCAGAUGUUAUGCUAAGAAACACAAACAGAAAAUUGGAUUGGUUCCACUCCCUCAGAAUGACAAGGAAAUGGGGAAGAAUGGAGUAAUGGGGAUUGCAAAUGGACAUGGUGGGUUUGGAAAUGAAUUACAUAGUCAAAGCAGUGAUGAUACCAACGAAGUCCAGGUCUUUGAUGGCGGAAAUGUUGCUAUUUCAAUCCUAGUCCUCCGAGAGGUGACGAACAACUUCAGUGAAGAGAACAUAUUGGGUAAAGGAGGAUUUGGAGUUGUCUACAAAGGGGUACUCCAUGAUGGGACACAAAUUGCAGUGAAGCGGAUGGAGUCUGCUGCAAUGGGUACAAAGGGUAUGAAAGAAUUUCAGGCAGAGAUUGCAGUCCUUACAAAGGUUAGACAUAGGCAUCUGGUCGCUCUUCUGGGUUUCUGCAUCAAUGGCCAUGAGAGGCUUUUGGUAUAUGAGUAUAUGCCACAGGGGAAUCUGGGGCAGCAUCUGUUUAAUUUGAAUGAAAAUGGGUAUUCACCACUCACAUGGAAGCAGAGGGUUACAAUUGCCCUAGAUGUAGCCAGGGGAGUAGAGUAUCUUCACAGUUUGGCACGGCAGAGUUUCAUCCAUAGAGAUUUAAAGCCCUCGAAUGUACUUCUUGGGGAUGACUUGAGAGCUAAGGUUGCUGAUUUUGGUUUGGUUAAGAAUGCUCCUGAUGGGAAGUACUCUGUUGAGACUCGAUUGGCAGGAACAUUUGGGUAUCUUGCACCUGAAUAUGCUGCAACUGGAAGGGUUACCACGAAAGUUGAUGUUUAUGCAUAUGGUGUGGUUUUAAUGGAGCUGAUCACGGGUAGAAAAGCACUGGAUGAAACCAUGCCAGAAGAUAGUUCACAUCUUGUAACAUGGUUCCGUAGGGUUAUGAUCAACAAGGAUAACAUUGGAAAAGCUAUUGACCCUGUCCUCAACCCUGACGAUGAGACCUUUGGGAGCAUUUGUAAGGUGGCAGAACUUGCAGGUUAUUGUACCGCUCGUGAGCCUUCUCAAAGGCCAGAUAUGGGCCAUGCAGUUAAUACCUUGGCUCCGCUUGUAGAACAGUGGAAACCUAGUUCCCACGAUGAAGAAGAGGGUUAUGGUAUUGACCUCCACUUAAGCCUACCUCAAGCCCUAGAGAGAUGGCGAUCUGAAGGCACUACCGAUACAGUCAAUUAUUCUUUCAAUAACAGCAGCAGCACAAGUCGUGGGGACACCCAAUCUAGCAUUCCCCCGAACACAUUCAAUUCAAUGGAUUGCCGUUGAUGGGUGAGUGAGACUCAAGUCCUGAGGUAACAAAGAGAAGACAUGCUUCCACACUGUUUAAUCUGAUAGUUUAUCAAGGAACACUGUGGCUUUUCUAUUUAUUUCUCUUGUUCAACCUUUGUAUAGCUAUCAUGCCGGUUCUUCUCAAGAUCUUUGUUGUCUUAAAUCAUAUGGCACUUGACCUACAUGUUUCCUGAUUUGGAUUCUUUGAUGUAAAGUACAGAUUGAUUGGUG